AUUUGAAAUUGCUUUAGUGGAAAAAGCCCUAAGUGACAAACUAGGGCUUGGGAGCUUGGGCAUGGACGAUCAAGCUAGCGCGAUAGAGGAGGAGUAUAUUUUGUUGGAUUUGGAGGAGGUCUUUCACGGCGGAGCGAUCCCGACCAAUUGUCCAUACACUCUUUCGGGUCUGGACACGCUUAAUCCCAUUCUUACUUUGGGCAAUGGACUGAAGCUUAUCGGAGAGUACGAGGACACUGUCGGGUCCUGCAUUGUUUUCUCUGAAUCUGAUGAGCCAACCGAAACAAUCCGCGACCCGGUUUUCCCCCUGGACAUCGUCGAUCCAACAAAGCAACCGAUCCAAAAAGUAGUCAAGAGCGUUUGCUCGCUGCAGAAGAAGCUUAAGUUUCGCGUCAUGAGUGACAAGGACCAACCUCUCACUGGUAAGUUCUCGCAAUUCCAUCUUUUACUGCUCCCUCUCUUUCUCUCUCGCGAUCACAGGAGCAACAGCGACGCAAUGAUCUUACCCGCGACGAUUGUGAUGGUAUAAAAAAAUAGGAGCCAUUGGAGGUUCUUUAACUCCCACAGGUCCUCAAAGUCAGCGAGAUCACUCAUUUAAACAAAAUAUUUAAACAAAUAUUUACUGCCCCAAGGUACCAUCGUACUUUGUAAGUUGUAAUGCUUUUAAGCUGCUCGCCCCAGAGAUUGUGAAGACCUCGCCUUGUAGUCAUGAAUGGAUGAAUCCAGAGCUCUUUUCUCCAUCA